UCCGGAUAAUUUGUUAAUCGCCGGCGUUGCCUGGGUCACGGAGAAACAUGAGCGCGUCAUCCUCCGCACGCGGAAUAGGGUACAAGAUACGGAAAAGGUGGUCUUGAUUGAUGUUCAGAGCGGGAAUACACAGGUUGUGAGGGAGAGGGAUGACAAGGAUGGAUGGUUGGAGAAUUAUUUUGCUAUUUCUUGCGAGUUUUCUAUUCCGGGGUGGUGUUUAAUGUCGGCUGGGGAGUUGCUAAUUACUUUGGAUAGAUAUCCCAGGACUUUCUACUCCUUCCUAUGUGGAUAUCUCGGAUCAUUCUGGUUGGCCGCAUAUUUAUCUUUACCCGGUAUCUGGUGGUGAACCGAUUGCAUUGACAUCUGGUAACUGGGAAGUCACUGCGAUUUACUCAAUCGACGUUAAACGCGGUCUGGUCUAUUACCAAUCCACGGAGCGUGAUUCUAAAGAACGCCACAUCUUUACCGUGAGCCUCGAUGGAAAGACCAAAAGGCCUCUCGUAGAUAUCUCCAAGGAAGGAUAUUACGAUGCUAGCCUCUCCCCCGAAGGAGGGUACUACGCCCUGAGCUAUAGCGGGCCA